UUGGCGUCGACGACAUUUCCUUUGAUUGGAACUCUCUUCAGGCUUUUCUUUUCCUUCACUUCAACUACUGUUGUCGACACCUUUUGUUUUUCCACGAUUUUGAGUGUCCAUUUCUUGAAAAGAUCUUACUCGACCUUUUGCUACUCUUUCUCUGAUAUGGCCAGGGGUAGAGGUAAAGAAGAUGCACGUAAUGCUGAUCGUGGUGUUUUGACGGGUACAGGUAGAGGCCGAGGCCGAGGUGAUCCAGAAAUUGUUCGUGGUCGCGGCACUAUAGCCACUGCACCUUCUUCAGUUGACUUUAGAGCCCCUGCACUAACUCCAACAACCCCUGUAUCAUACUCAGCCCCUACAGCCCCUCCACUUGCUCCAGUUGCCCCCACUGCACCAAAUUCUUCAGGUUCUGUUCCUGAAUCGAGUGCUAGUCGAUCUGCAUCGGGAAUGGGAGAUCACUCGUAUACGUCCUCAUCAUAUGCUACUAGGACCUACUGUUAUGUGCAUGCAAGCGGAAAUCUUAUGCCUUCUGAGAAGACAUCUGGUGCCUGCAUAAAGAUUUUUCAAAAUUACAAUGUCGAGGAGGGUUCUUCCUGGAAGAAUAUCCAACAAUCCACAAAAGAUUUUUAUUUCAGAGAGUUUGAGAAAGAAUUUCACUGGGAUGAAGGAAGUGCUGCAAUAGUGAGGAAGGCAUGGAAUAAAAAAGUAGCUACCCGAUACAAAGACUUUCUGAAAAAUGAAAAGAAGAAACAAAAGAAGAAUUGGAGUACUCCAGAGUAUGUAGCAAAGUCAAUGAAGUACUCAAAGAACCGCCUAACAGAGAAGGGAGGUGAAGGAGCUGGUCCUUCUACACAUACAGGUGAUUCUCACAAGGAAAUUGAAAAUUAUUUGAAGCUAAAAGAACAACAUUCAAGCCAAAAUGUGGGAUCAGAUCAUGUGGAAGGAGAUGGAGGAACUAUUAAUGAGGAUCAAUUGUUCAUUACUGCAGCAGGAGGAUGGCAAGGAAGUCGAGUUUAUGGUUUAGGUAGUGCUGCCUCUUCUGCCUUCUCUCAAACAGGAACUGUGGGAAAAACAACAAAUGUUCCAUCAUCCCAAUCACCAGAAUGGAAGAAGGAAAUUGAAGCAAAGUUUGAAGAGAAGUAUAAUAGUUUGCAUAAACUUAUAGAAGACCAAAAUCAGAUAAUAGCUCAAAUGCGUGAUGAACUACAGGCAACGAGGAUGGGACAACAGUCUUCCUCAUUGAUGCCAUCAACAUCUGAUAUGCCUCCAGCUCAAAGAUCCCCUGGUGAUUCACAUAUAAAUUAG